AGUAGGGAACUUUCCGUAAAAUUACCAGUCUCACUCUUUACAAUAAUGAUGGACGAAGAAAAUUUGUCCCACGAUAGCAGCAGCAGUGCAAGUGCUAAAACUUACAGAGAUCUGGAAGAUGACAAAAAGUGGAAACAGAUCCUCAUCGCACUAGCAAUUUCGUAUAUUUGCAUAUCUGGUGGAAACCUAAUUGGUUAUACUUCGUCAGCUAUCCCAUCUAUUCGCACAGGAAGUUCGGUUCCGUUUCUCAGAAUUUUGGAAAAUGAAAUUACAAUGGAAUCGAAAGACGUGUCCUUGACGGAUGUGACUUAUCGAAUUCAAGAAAUUGACAAUAUCUUGGAAUCAACGGGGAGUGAGAAAGUUGAGACGACUCGUCUCAACAACUGCAACAAGGAGUUUGCAGAACUAACGGACUCGCAAGCGUCUUGGAUUGGUGGCUUAGGACCCCUGGGUGCAUUUUUCGGGUCUUUACUAGCUCCAAUUCCAAUAAAAAUUUUGGGGCCAAAGGGUGUGAUACUAAAACUGGGGUCAUACGUCUAUGUCUUAUCUUGGUUCAUCACAGCUUUAGCUCCAAAUCUGAGCUAUAUUUACAUCUCACGAUUUUUGGGUGGACUGGCUAUGGGCACAACAUUUUCCGCCGUGCCAAUUUAUAUUGUUGAAACUGCCUCGUUGAAAUUACGUGGUCCACUUGGAACGCUAUCCCAGUUUCUGUUUACUAUCGGUGUCCUCAUGAGUUUCGUCUUUGGCUACUUUUUGGACUUUAGGACGUCAGCCCUCGUCUCUGGUCUAGUUGUCCUUCCAAACUUUAUAAUUUUGCCCUUCAUUCCAGAAUCCCCAACCUGGCUCCUUUCCAAAAAGAAGAUUGGAGAAGCGGAAUGCGCUUUUCGAAAAAUUCGAGGAUUUUCAAUGGAGGAAUUUCAACAACUCUCUCAUCAUCGGAUCUCAUUGGAUGAUGAUGUUGAUUCUGCCAGUAAUUAUUCUGCCAAGCAAAGAAGCAGUAAAAGUUUACUCCGAUCGCCAAAAGAAGUCAGGAGCAUUUUCGUGGUCAUGUUCCUCUGCAUAUUUCAACAGUUGACCGGAAUCAACGCGGUCAAUUUUUAUACCGUUACAAUUUUUGAGAUUGCUGCGGGUGGCAACUCAUUCUUGGAUGGACAUUCCUCCGCUAUUUUGGUAGCUUUGGUCUUUUGUCUGGCAAAUGUUUGUAGCUACCUUUUGAUAGAAAGAUUGGGAAGAAAGUGUCUCCUAAUCGUUUCCACCACGUUCAUAUCUCUGUCCGCAUUUUCACUGGGGACCUAUUUCUACUUGUUGGAGACUGAAUAUGACACCAGCUCCUUGUCAUUUGUCCCACUGGCAUCUUUGGUCACAUUUGUUCUCGCUUUCUCCAUCGGAUAUGGUCCAUUGCUUUACGUAAUUGUGGCCGAAGUGCUGUCCAGCAGGGUGAGAUCUGUCGUGACCCCGGUGGCAGUGGGGGUAAAUUGGCUUUGUGUAUUUUUAGUGGCCAAAACAUUUCCUGGUCUACUUCAGGCACUCCAGGCGUAUGGAGCAUUUUGGAUGUACGGUAGCUUUUCAGUUGUUUCCUUAUUAUUCACAAUUGCCUUUGUUCCUGAGACUAAAGGCAAAUCUGAAAAGCAGAUUCAGGAUUUCUUUGUAAAUAAUAAUAAAUCCGUUCCAUCAACAGUUGCAGCUUGAACAGCAGUAAAGCACAUUACCUAAAAAUAUUAUAAUAAACUUAUUAAGUUUACUGAGUAAUUUUUGCACGCGUCGUCCUAUUCAUACAUAAACAAGUAACAAUAACAAAACAAUAACAAUGCAUUUUAUAAUAUUUAUACAAUUCCUGUAUAAUAAAUUUGUUUGUAAUUCUUUCAUACGUUCAUUUCGAUGACUAUUUUGUAAUUAUAUUUUGAUGCUAAUUUCAAAUGAUUCUCAUUUUGUUAAGUGAAUGCAGUGUAUAAUGACGCAAACCAAAUAAACAUAUAAGUGCUUAAAAGUA